CAGGGCAAAGCGUCUGGUUUCGCACCCGAGUCAAAGUACGUAGGUGGAAGAUGAUCGCUCGCUAUCUUCACUCUUGCCUCAUGUGCCAGCCAGGCCUACCCCUUCGGACUUUAGACGUCCCCUGUCAUCAAACACGCCUUCCUCCUCAAUUCUUGAUUCGGGGCCACCGCAAUAUGGAUACGCCAAUUCAACAGCUUUCCCCAGUCUCUCGCUCGCUCCUCGUCUGGCUAAAUAGCCAAGGGCGAUUGCACUGGGUAUUUCACAAGGUGUUUCAAAAUAUUCAGAGCAAUCGGGUGUCUUUCUCACGGACGCCCAGAAGUGAGCUCAUGCUCAUGGUCUCAUCAGAGGGGUCAAAACCACUGAUGGCAUAGCUUGUGAUAGUUGAGACGCAUCUCAAACUCGCACGAAGAGAUGUAUCAAUUCGCAAGGCAUUCUCUCACCAGAGCGCUGAUAUGU